AACUUCCGCUGUAAAUUGAUGAUCAAAAUGGCGAACGAGAUCACUCACGCACCAAACAAAACAUGGGAAUUGAGUCUGUACGAACUCCACAGGACACCACAGGAGGCUAUUACAGAUUCAACGGAGAUAGCUGUAUCUCCAAGGAGUCUACACAGUGAACUCAUGUGUCCAAUUUGCCUAGAUAUGCUCAAAAACACAAUGACAACAAAAGAGUGUUUGCAUCGUUUUUGUCAAGAUUGUAUCAUCACAGCCCUCCGAAGCGGCAAUAAAGAGUGUCCGACGUGCAGGAAGAAACUUGUGUCAAAACGUUCAUUGAGACCUGAUCCUAACUUCGAUGCGCUUAUUUCAAAAAUUUAUCCUAGUCGAGACGAAUAUGAAGCACAUCAAGAGAGGGUUCUUGCGAAACUGAACAAGCAGCAUAGCACCGCUGCUUUGACACACAGCAUUGAAGAAGGGCUGAGAUUACAAGCAAUGAACAGAGCUCAAAGAGUAAGAAAACAUGCUACAGAGCCAGAUCUUUCCCGUCUGGAGACAGCCAGCACCACAUCCAAUGACGCAACACCUAAGAAGAGACCCAAACCAUACUCGGAUGACUCAAGUACUGAAAAUUCAGUAGGGGAAGGUGGUUCUGAACUUGGGCAUCCUAUCGAGCCAGUGGAAAGAGAGGUGCCAGUUAGUGACAUUGAGUUAGUGUUUAGGCCUUUGCCUAUUGACUCUGAGUCACAGGCAGCUAACUUUGAUGCCUCACAGACACGAUACAUCAAGACUACCGCCAAUGCUUCAGUGGAUCAUUUGUCAAAAUAUCUUGCUAUCAGACUGUCAUUGGAAUCACAAAAGACCGAUGGUGGUGGUGCCAGUAGUGACACUAGAUACAGCAUCCACAUUGCCAGUACACCAGGGUGUUACACAUUACUGAGUGGAGUUAUGACACUGGACCAGGUCAACGAAAAAUACUGGCGAGUUAACAAGCCACUGGAAAUGUACUUUGCCACUAUGAAGAAGGCUGGAGAAAGCACACCCAGUCAUACACCUACCAAGAAAGGCAGUGAAAAGUGAUUCAACAGUGAAAUUUUCAUCACUUGCUCUCCAAAGAGAAUUUUGAAGAAUUCCAGUUUUAAAAAACACUUCAUAGAAUGGAUAAAUUAAUGUGACUGGUUAAAAAACUUAAAUAUUUCAUUGAAAUGAUUCCAAAACUAAAUCCUUCCAAGAUUUUGCCUACAGGUUCAAAUUCAUUUAAAGUUGCUUUUGAGGUUACAAAGCACUUAUAAUUUUCAUUUACUGUUUUUGUGAUUUGAUGUAAAUGUUAGAAUCAGAUAUAAAUAAACUAGUCUACCUGAUCAGAAUACACAGGUUAAUUCAAAUAGCUGUUCUAGACAAAAUAGAAGCUAAAAUGUGAACUAGUUUUAAAUAAUGUCUGCUCUUUUGAAUUGUUCUGUAGAAUCAUAACUUAAAAAAACAAAGAUUUCAUGCUUUAAACAAGUAAACUUCAAUUCAGGCACUAGGUAUGCAUCCUGGAGAUAUAUGCAAGCUAUUGAUGACCAUGAUGGACUCACAAAGACAGAUGUGCUGUUUAUAGAGCCAUUGUCGAUAUUCAUGGAAGGGAGGUAACUUAUAAAGUGAAUAUAUUUUUGCUUGGGGUCAAGACCCUGUCAUAUUUUGCUGGAUUUUAUCAUGGCUAGAAUAACUUUCUAACUUAUUUUAGUGAUGGUUGUUUAAAUUGAUAUUUUGUUGUCAAAAAGACUAUUGCAAAUUAUGAAUGGAGCGACUGGUCAGUUAAUAAAUCAUGGGAUCUGAAAGGAUCGUUAUUUCUACUACUUAUUCACUUUUGAAAUGUCAGAAAUUAUCAUCAUUAAAGAAAUUGUCAUCAAUUGAAAACUUCAUAAACCUCAUAGCUAGAAUUAGAUGACAUAUGUUAAUAUUGGCAAAUCAAAUUGCUAUUUAUGUCAACUUCAUUCACAUCCAGAGACAUAUUAACAUAUAAACAUAGAUUGUUUUGUUAUAUAUCUUUUUAGUAUGUUUUUGCUUCAGAGAUUAAGGUUUCUAUUAAGACAAGUUUGAAAUAUUAGAAUAUGGCAUUAAAGACUGUUAUGAAAUCUCCACCUUUUGCAGGCAGAAUAAUUAAGGUUUCGUAAGUACAUAAUGAAACUUUUAACAUGUUAUAAAAAGAAAAUUUUACCUGUGAAAACCAGUUUUAUUUCACUUGUAUUCUACCGUCAUUGUGAAGUAUGAUAUCCAAAGAAAACCACACUGCUGUCAGACGGACAAAUCUUCAGUAAACCUUUAUCAAUCCACAGAUGUACACUCCUAACUCAAUUUUAGUUUUAAACACAAUUUUUCCUCUGUAAAAAUUUGGAUUAACAUGUUACAGAUAUAGAUGUAUGUAUAUUUGUUUAUAGAUAACUUUUGUUACUUACUGUCUAGUAUUAUUGAAUGUGUUAUACACUGCCAAAACAAUAGAUUAAAACAAAUUUGUGCAAUUAUGUUAUGCUAAUGAUACAUAUAUUUUGUAGGUGUGUAUGAUAUCUAUUGUUUUUGUUUGUACAAGAGAAACUGUACAAUGUAUAUAAUCAGAAACCAGUUAUCAAAGGGACCAAAGUGCUUCUUGUCCCCUGUAGAAAACAAAAUAUUCUGUAGGUAUCUGUGUGAAGUCUGUAGUAGAAUUGUCUGAUUUUACAUUGUCACUUAAUUUAUUUAAUGCUCCAUUUUCGGAGUAAUGUUUUUCGCAAAUGCUUCAUUUACAGAUGUUACAAAUAUUUCCUGAUAAUCAAUUUCGUGUCGUUAGGUGUAAGUUUAGGACAAUCUUAAUUUGCUGUUAAUUAAUCAUGAAGAAAAAUGAUUGAAGCUGACCUAGCACAUUUUGUACAUAUUUUAAACUUUAUCCUUUUGAUGUUUUGUAAUGUAUCGUGUAUGGUAUUGAUUUGGAAUUUUCGUCUAGAACUUUUGUGUUAAUAUCAUCGUUUAUGAAUUAAAAUAACUUUGAUAUGUUUUCAUACAAAACUACAGCAUCCCAUUUGUUGAAUUCUUCUUUUCAUAACACUGACUGAAAAAAAUUGAAAUCAUGUUCAUCAUGUGACCUGGUCACAACUUGUUUAGCAAGAAAUACUGUGCUGUUACAAUAAUUUAACAAUGUAGAGUGCAUGAAAUUAACGUAAAAGAAGUUUUUGUGAUAAUAAUCUAAUAUCUAAUGUUGAAUUAAUAUGUUAUGUAUAAAUGCUCUUUUUAAAACAAUUCAAAAUUAAUUUUGUAAUUGACAUGUAUUGGCAAGAUAAUGAUAGACAUAUGUUAACCAUCAUAAGAAUAUAAGAAUUCCUUUCAGUUAAUUUUUUUCUUCAGGUUAUCACUGUCUAGUACUUCUGCAUCUUCACAGCUGUUUUUGUGUAAUAUCACAGGCUAGUCAAUAUAAAACUGUAAAUAAAUGCUAUUCAGGAAUACAUGUAUAGA